AUGACAGACAACCAGAACCCAGGCAACUUCGCCAACCGUUCUCAGGAAGAGGUCCAGAACAUCGCCUCCAAGGGUGGCCAGUCGAGCCAUCAAGGCGGCUUUGCCUCCAUGGACGCCGAGAAGCAGAAGGACAUUGCAUCCAAGGGCGGCCAGGCCAGCGGAGGGUCGUUCGAGCCUGGUAGUGAGAAGGCGAAGGAGGCUGGGCAGAAGGGUGGUUCGAAGUCGUAG